AUGGCAACAGAACUACUUGUAGUAGCCAUCAUGUCUCGGCUGCUGCUUUCUGUACUGUGGCUCACGGUUCAAACACAAGCCAUGGUCAUAAUGCAAACUCCUGGAAUAAAGCUCUCUGAGGUAGUUUAUCCUAAACUACUGCACAUUUCACACGAAGGARGGAUGGAAAACAACCACACUAAGAGGCAAGGCAAAGAGGAAAUAUAUGCACCUGAAGUUCAGUAUCAGAUUAUCUUAAAUGGUGAAGAAAUCAUCCUCCACCUGCAAAAAASCAGGCAUCUCCUGGGKCCAGACUACACCGAAACAUAUUACUCAUCCGCCGGGGAGGAAAUCACCAGACACUCUCAGACCAUGAAACACUGUUACUAUGAAGGUCACAUCCUAAAUGAAAAGGAUUCUGUUGCCAGCAUCAGUACCUGUGAUGGGUUGAGAGGACACUUCACACACCGUGGCCAACGAUACCUGAUAAAACCUGGGAAAAACACAGACCGGGGAGAACAUGCUGUUUUUACCUACGACCAGGAAGAACUAGACACAGCGAAUCACACUUGUGGCACGAGAACUGUUGGCAGGAGACAAGGCCAUAUUCGAACUUUCAGAUCCCUCAAAAACCCAGAGCAAGAAGACAUUCUUCAGGCCCAGAAAGUCAUCAAUCUCUUCUUGGUGCUGGAUAACGCCUUUUAUAAGAUGUACCAGGGGAAUCUAACUGUGAUGAGAAGCUUUUUGUUCGAUGUGAUGAACCUCCUCAAUGUGAUUUAUAAAACUCUCCAUGUUCGUGUGGCCUUGGUGGGUAUGGAGAUCUGGUCAGAGAGUGAUAWGAUAAAGGUGGUCCCCAACAUUGGCCAAACCUUCAAGAACUUCAUGAGUUGGCAUCGUUCUAACCUGGGCAAGAAGAAGAUCCACGACCAUGCGCAGCUCCUCAGUGGGAUUGGCUUCAAUAAUGGCCGCGUGGGAAUGGCCGCCUCCAAUUCCCUGUGCUCKGCGUCUUCGGUCGCUGUCAUUGAGGCUAAAAGGAAGAAUAGUGUGGCUCUUGUAGGUGUGAUGUCACAUGAGUUGGGCCAUGUUCUCGGGAUGCCUGAUCUUUCAUACACCGUCAAGUGCCCCUCGGGAAGCUGUGUGAUGGGUCAAUAUCUGAGUUCAAAAUUCCCAAAGGAUUUCAGUUCAUCCUGCCUCUCAUAUUUUCAAAAAUACCUUUCAUCUAAAAAACCAAAGUGCAUAAUGCAAGCACCUCUACCUGCAAAUAUAAUAACAGAACCUGUGUGUGGGAACCAACUUCUGGAGGUGGGAGAAGACUGUGACUGUGGCUCUCCUAAGGAAUGCAAGGAUCGCUGCUGCGAGGCCAGCACUUGCCAACUGAAACUUGGACCUGAGUGUGGAGAAGAGGCUCCCAACCCUAACAYUGGUGUCACCCACCUGGAAUCCCUGCCUUCCCGGCCUGCCCCUGACCUUAAGGGCACCACCUCUGUUGCUCAGGUGGGCACACGGCCCUGUCUGGCCGCCCAGCCGCCCAAUCAGCUGAAUUCAGCAAGGGUUGCCAGUGCUCUUCAGAGUUUCCUUAACCAGUCUCCUGUUGGGCUUCUGAAGUGCUCCCCACUUGGGCUGAGAGGGACUGACCAUAUCGUCAAGCUGAAGGAGAAGGGCAUGGAGCRAGACUACCCCAAAGCCACCACGGAAUAA